CCUACCGAGGACAUCCCCCCGCCGGGAUACUCAGUGGUACGUGCCAGAGCGUCCGACGGGCGUAGCGCCAGGAAGGCGGGGCUGCAGGAAGGGACGAGACUAUCCCCGGAAGGGGUGGAACUGUCCCCGGAAGGGGCGUGGCCCAUUCAGGCACGGGACCUGUGGGCUGGGCUGGGGGGUGGAGCACGUGCCCGAAAGGGGCGUCUUCACCCUGGAGGCAAAGUCUCCGGUCAUUUGGCCUCAAAACUGGGCCUUCUGGGGCCCGCCGCUGCCCGAGGUCCUCCAGGCCCGCGGAUAAAAACAGAAACAAGGCUCAUCUGUACAGAGUCAGUUUUCAGCAACAUUUGGGGGGAAAUACCUGACCUGCAGGGAGAUGACAGUCUGUCGGCGAUUACCUUCGACUCCGACUUUGAGACGAAAACAAAGAGGAAAAGUGUCCACAAACCUCCACCCACAUCGCCCAAGUCGCCGUAUCACUGCAAGCCGAGGACCGCAGCCAGCGGGCGGCCCCCGGGGCCCCGAAAGUCCAUUCUGCCCCCAGGAAGUGGCACUCCUGACAUGACAGCGACAGCAUCCCGGGCCCCCCUGUUCCCGCCUCCCCACACGGUCUUAGUGACGUCGGCCGUGGGAACGGCUAGAGGUCUCGCCCCGGGGACGCCGGUCUACAGGGAGAAGGAGGACAUGUAUGACGAGAUCAUGGACCUGAAGAAGUCGCUGCACAUGCAGAGAAGCGACGCGGACCUGCUGAGGACGAAGCUCCGGCGCCUCGAGGAGGAGAACAGCCGGAAGGACCGGCAGAUCGAGCAGCUGCUGGACAGACACGGUCGCACUGGGCAGGCCAGGCUCCGAGGAGGGAGCCGUCCGCCUCAGGCCUGGCUUCUGCUGCAGGUCAUCAAUGGGCUGAAGCAGAGGGUCCUGCGGCUGGAGCAGCAGUGCAAGGACAAGGACAGCACCAUCAGCAAGCUGCAGGCGGACAUGAAGACCACGAGCUUGGAGGAGAUGCGGAUCGUCAUGGAGACGUACUACGAGGAGAUCCACCGCCUCCAGACGCUGCUGGCGAGCUCGGAACCGUCGGGACGGAACCCUGUGCGGGCGGGCAGCUUGCUGACGGGGUCAGAGUUCAUGUCCUGCGGGAUGGCGGUUCUCGGAGCCUGAGCGCUCACCGAGGAGAACCAGAGCCUCAAGGAGGACCUGGACCGCGUGCUCAGCAGCUCGCCCACCGUCGCCCGGACCAAGGGGUGCGUGGAGUGGAGCAAGCCCCGGCUGCUGCGGCGGAUCGCGGAGCUGGAGCAGGUGAGGGCUGAGGGCCCAGGGCCGGCGCCCAGGCAUCGGAGAGCGGCUCCGGGCCGCCACACUGCUGGCCAGCUGAAGGCCCUGCGGGCCCAGCUGCAGGAGAGAGAUCUGGAGGUGAGGCAGCUGCUGCAGGCCAAGGCCGACGUGGAGAAGGAGCUGGAGGAGGUGCGGCGAGAAGAGGAGGCCAGGCGAGCGCGGGAGGCGGCUCUGAGAGAGGAGAUCCAAGCACUGACCCGGAAGUGUCAGGACCUGCAGGCAGCGAAGGAGGCAGAGGAAGACGACCCCACGGAGGGGACCCCUGAGGUACGGCCUCUCCGGGAGGCUCACUCCAGCCACGUGUCCCCCGGAGCUCUCACUCGGGGGCGAGGACGGCGCUCGUGGCGGCUUUUAAGGGGUGUCCUGCAGGCAAUGCGUGUGGGCCCCCAAGUGCCCCAGUCGGGCUUACUCAGACACGCGGCUGCCAGCACCCUGCAGGCCCGGUGGAAGGUGUACAGGCGCCAGAAGAGGGAGGCCGCGCUGGGCGAGGCGGCCACGGUGCUCCAGGCGGCCUUCCGCGGACACCUGGCUCGGGCGAGGCUAUUGGCACUAAGGACCUGCAGCGGAAACUGCUGCCUGGAGAGUAGGAGCCGAGCCCCUGACGGAGCUGUGCCCACCUGCUCUCUGGAGGGGGCGCCGGCUAUGCCGCCCGAGGGCAGGUGGUUCUCAGGGCUCUCACCCUGUCGUUCCGCGCAGAGCCCUCCCUCACCCCGCCCUCCGAGCCCCGUUGUCCAGGCCGAGGGCUGCCCCAGGCAGGAGGCGGCCGUCACCCUCAUCCAGUCGGUCUUCCGGGCACACCUGGCCCGCGUCAGGCACAGGACCGGGGCGCUCCCUGCAGCCUCUACCAGGACGCCUGUUCCGGCCACACUCAGCGCGCCCUCCCCGCCAGCGCCCCCUGUGGCGCCUGCUGGUCAGGAAGACGGUGAAGUGAGCGGCGGGGACGCCAUGGAGGGCCCAGCCCCGCAGCCCUGCCCUGCCGAGCCCCCUCCCUCAUCUGCGCCCUGGGAAGACGUCUCCUCGGACGACUCGGACGAAGUCAUCAUGGCUCCAGCUCUGCCGGCGAAGAGAAGCCCCUCCCUGCCCCCCGCCCUGGGUCCCUGCGGGCGCGCCGCACACGGGGACACUCUGUCCGCGGAAAGCUAGACCCUGACCUGGCAGUGACACCAUCGGCCGGCGGAGCUGUGGGGGCACCUGCCGACAUGGUCGGGUACGGGGGUCCACCCCUCAGGCUCCAGGGGCACCCCCCUCGGGCCCGGCUGGCUGUCUGUCCCACAGGGUCACCUGUAGCUCACAUCCCCCCGCCCACACGGACAGACUACGGACUUGGGAGGCGGGCGCUGGUGGGAAGUGGCCCCAGACUCAGGCAGGAAGAGGAGGGGCUGACGCCAGGGCGGAUGUGGGGCUGCAGGGUUUGUGCAGUGUGUGGUCCCCCAGUGGGGGGUGCGUGGCUGGGACGGCCUGGCCACCAGGCCCCAGGCCUCCAUGCGUGGGCCCUGGAUGUCGCUGUGCUAACCAGGGCUCAUCCCCGUGGGCAGGAGGGACGGACGUGGCCCUGAUGCAGGCUUUGCUGUGCCCUCCUGGAGGAGGAAGGGCCUGGGCGCCGGAAGAGGCAGGUGCCCACCGGCUCUGCGGCCUUAGAAAGCCCAGGGGCGCCCUGGGGGCGGGUGGCACCUGUUCUCGGGCUCUGAGGACCUGAGAGCCCACACAGACCUGCUGGGCCCCACCUCCCGCCUUCAGCAGCUGACCACCCCUCAUGCUCCCUAAAGACCCCAGGAGUCCCCUCUGUGUGACCCUGGGCGGUUGGGUGGGCGGGCCCCUGGCUGCACCUCGUUGCUGCGAGGCUCUGGGGAGCAGGAGUUCCCCUCUGCUCCGUGCUGCCGGCCUUCCCCCGAUGUCUCUCCUGCUCCCCAGUGAGGACUGAGCACCAGGAGAGGAAAAGUGGGUCGCGUUCCCCAAAUCCCAUUCCACUUCCACUCUAGCAGCAGGGCGAGAGCGUGUUCCGGACCAAGUGCAGAGCCACGGCGAGGACAGGCGACCCUAAGAGGCAGGGUCCACGUGUCCUGGAAGCGUGGCUUCCCGGCGCCGUGCACCGACGAGGCGGGUCCGUGGUCUGUCCGCGGGCACUGCUGCCGGCCCUUGCACUGGGC